GAAGUCUGCGGUUUUAACACACACGCAAUGUUAUCAGAAACUAACUGUAACGCGCUUAUUUCCAAUCAUCCAAUGUAUACUACUUUUAUAAACUUCUGGAUUAGACUUAUCAUUCUUAUCAUAUGGGUGUCGCAUCCUUGACGUAGUCUGUGGUUUUAAAACCCAUGCAAUAUUAUCACAACGCACAUAAUAUAAGGAGAAUAAUUUUUUAUUAAGUUAGUCAAACGUAACGAUACACCGCAAGUUAAAAUAUGGCGAGUAGGCAAAAUUCUGCAAAAAAUCGUCGAGGAGGACAAUAUUGUGUUGCUGGUUGGCCCAACGGAAAAAGUUGUACAAACAGUCAACACACAGAGGGUGUCUCAGUACAUCGUUUCCCCAUGAAUGACAAGGAGAGGCUGAGUAAAUGGACAAAAUUUGUUAGGAGACAUAGGCCAAAAUUCGUUCCUCAGCAGUACUCUGUGCUAUGUUCAAUGCAUUUCGCAGAUUCUGCAUUCACCGUGAACGCAACAGUUGCAAAAUCGCUAAACAUGAGACGACAAUUGCGCUCUGAUGCUGUUCCAACCAUAGACUCUGUAAAAGGCAUUUCAAUCCAAGAUGAUAAGAGCAAUCGCGACCGCAGAGUUGUAAGUACAAAAUUAUACAAGUUAAAUUACACAAGUUUGUAUGCACAACCUGGAAAUGCAUGUAAAUGUGUCUUGUUAUCUUCAAAGAUGACCCACUUUUCUUGGCUUGGUACAUAUUGCAGGCACGUACUGGCAGUACUUCAUUUCAAUGAAAACCUUCACAGACAGCCAAAAAAAAACAAAAAAUGGAACACCAUAUUAUUCUGUGACAUACCCAAAAUUUAAAUCAGGGGAUGAAGUAGUAAGAACUGUUUCUUCAGCACCAUCAUAUUGUAAGUUUAGCAUGUAUGCAUUGGUACUCUUGACUUACACAUCUAACCACUUGUCAUUUUUCCAGACUAUGUUAAUGAAAUCAAAAAUGUCAUGGUUCUUAGUUGUGAGGAAUCCAUGGACAACAUAUUUAAGAA